AUGCAGUUAAAGUCCGGAAAUUCUCAAGACCCCAAUACUCUAAUUCAAAAUGAGGCAACUUAUAGUGAGGUAACUAAUAGUCAAGAAACAUUUCACGCAUAUGAAUGCACCGAAGAGAUACAAGAGAAACGCGAAACUCACCUUGCUCGCAGAUGUACCUUAUAUCACCAGAAUAAAGCCAAGGAAACUGAAGCUCUCCAAUGGUUAAAGGCAAACAAUAUAUAUUAUAGAGAUAUUAGUAUUGAUGAUGAUGUUUUGCAAUCUUUACCUAAGAAUGAUUUGAUUUUUGAACAACUUCCAUGGCUUACAAAGGAUGAAAAUCAAGAUGAGCAAAAUGUAGUUAUAAAUAAGGCAGAUAAUGAAUGA